AUGAUUAUCCAAGGAAAGGCCGAACAGGUCUUCUCAUCAGCAGUGGUUUGGUGUGUUGUGACUGGAGCCGUCAUCAUUGCGUCGGAGUGGAGUUGCCGUGGCAGCCCUGACGGGGCGCAGGAGGAGGGUGGCGAUGGAGAGGGACUGGCAGAUGGAGCAGACCGUGGAUUGGACGGUGACCCUGAAGGGGUGUGGAGUCCAGACAUCGAACAGAGCUUUCAGGAAGCUCUGGCCAUCUACCCUCCCUGUGGCAGGAGAAAGAUCAUACUUUCAGAUGAGGGAAAGAUGUAUGGUCGGAAUGAGCUCAUAGCGCGCUAUAUCAAACUACGAACAGGGAAGACACGCACACGCAAACAGGUGUCUAGUCACAUUCAGGUUCUGGCACGUAAGAGGGUACGAGAAUACCAGGCGAGCAUCAAGGUCUCUAGUCACCUGCAAGUCUUGGCCAAGAGAAAGUCUCGUGAGAUUCAGUCUAAGCUCAAGGCCAUGAACUUGGACCAGGUAUCCAAAGACAAGGCACUGCAGACAGUAGCCAACCUCUCAUCAGCCCAAAUAGUGUCUGCUAGUGUAAUGAAACCCCAGACUCCCUUCCCUCCACCAGUCAGAUUUUGGCCCGGCCCUAUGCCAGGACAGCCUGGACAUUCUCAGGACAUCAAGCCCUUUGCACAGCCACCAUACACUACACUACCAGCUCCUGUCCCUGCACCCAUCAGUUACGAGCCUUUGCCCCCUCCUCGGCCUGCAGCUAUAACAGCUCCUGUAUGGCAGGACAGAACCAUCGCCUCUGCAAAACUGCGGCUACUUGAGUACUCGGCUUUCAUGGAGACCCAGAGAGACAGAGAGACGUAUAAACAUCUUUUUGUGCACAUUGGCCCAUCAAACCCCGGCUACAAUGACCCUGUGUUGGAGUCCAUAGAUGUGAGACAGAUCUACGAUAAGUUCUCUGAGAAGAAGGGGGGACUGAAGGAGCUGUACGAAAAAGGGCCACACAAUGCAUUCUUCCUCGUCAAGUUUUGGGCCGACCUGAGCAGUGAAAUAGAGGAGGGUUCUGGUGCGUUCUACGGUGUGAGCAGCCAAUACAGUGGAACAGAAAACAUUACCAUCAGUGUCUCGACUAAGGUCUGUUCCUUUGGGAAGCAGGUAGUGGAAAAAGUUGAGACCGAGUAUGCUCAUUUAGAAGGAGGCAAGUAUGUGUUCCGCAUCCAUCGUUCACCCAUGUGUGAAUACAUGAUCAACUUCAUCCACAAACUGAAGCACCUGCCAGAGAAAUACAUGAUGAACAGUGUACUGGAGAACUUCACCAUUCUACAGGUUGUGUCUAACAGAGAAACCCAGGAGACCCUGCUGUGCAUCGCCUUUGUGUUUGAAGUGUCCACUAGUGAACACGGAGCACAGUACCACGUUUAUCGACUAGUUAACGACUAGCACACUGUGCACACUCAGAGACUCUCCACAGACUUUUUGAUACCUAUGGCAUAAACACUACUUCCAUCUGAAAACAAAACACAAAUUUCUUCCUCACCUACUCAAAAACACUUGUUUUUUUUUUUUUAACAGACCAACAGUCACACUGUAGUCACACUUGCCGGUUGUUAAAGGCAUAUGCGUCCCCUAUCACAGCACUGAAAUAAAUUGACAACAGGUAUCUUUAGAUUCAUCUGUGGUGUAAAUGUUCACCUCCUGUUCUUCCAGGAGAUACACACUUACAGUACUCAUUUCUCACGGUCAUAUGAUGAAUAUAGUUUGUGUGUUAGGUUUACAUUACAGAUAUGGUCCACACAUGUAAAACACUACAAAAGAACCAGAAAAGGGCUACUCUGUGUGUGAUCACCUUCCAUGAUUUAUAGUGUCAAUGUAGCACUGAAGCACCACAAGUAGACGUUAUCGUGUCGGGGGAUCUUUUCGGUUUAUGCAUUAACAUUCUGGGUGUGACUGAAGUGAGACGAGUUUGAAUAGAAGACGUCAAACAAAGCCUUCUGUCAGUGUUAACGUAUCUCCGCCACAUUGACUUUCUUCCACUGUUAGUAGUACACUAUCUCUGUAAGAUAGAAACUCAAUGUGCCUGUAACGGUGUAUCCUCUAUCACUGCUUAUCGUCGUCAGGAUCUCCAGGUUUGAUGAAAGGUCUAAGGAUCAUAUACCAAGCGUGUCCUCUCUCAAAAUAUAAUGCACUACAUGUAAAGACGUAACAGUCGUAUUUAUAUAUUUGAAUGAAACGCAUCUGGAAGUGUAAAGAGAGCCGUCGUUUAUGGUGUAUUUGCAGUUUUUACUGGUUGGUGGGUUGUAGAGAAAGCUGUUGAUCAAAUCUCACAGAGGUGUUAAACAUUGAUUCCGGACUUUAGAAACAAAAUAACGAGAUUAUGUUAAGAUUCAGUCCACACUUCAGCAGCAUUUUCAAUUGACUAAAAUAAUGUCCUGUUAGUGAAAAUAAUGAUAGUAUUUUCCUUGGACUGUGUGGGCUUACUCCAGUAUUUCUACCUCCAUGUGAGUUGGGAAAAAGAAUGUGCUUUGGUUCAUUAAGCCUUAACCUGAGGAGCACUGAUGUAUAGGAUGUAUACACUACACUUUUAAUGGUACUGUUUAUAAGCCAAAACAAGGUAAAUAGACUUUUUUUUCUCCUUUUUCUUUUUGUAAAGAUGUUAUCUGUUUUUUGUAUUCUACCGACGCAGAUAGAAGUGUUACUCCUAAAUGAUGGGUGUUUGGUUGUCUCUUUAUUUGAUGUAAGGUACAGACCACACUAAGGUCACCCACAGUGCACUGGGGUAGAUUUUUACCUGAUAACACUAACAAAUUAUCCAGCUGACACUUUUUUUCUCCUUCUGUUUGUUAUUAUGUUUUUCUUUGCUGGUACACAUGACGACCAUUAUUCUUAAAGUAAAUAUUUACUUGACUUUUAUCACCCACUCCUCUACCAACGUCAAUACUUUAAACCAUGUGGAGAUGAAUAUAAUUUUGGCUUUAGACUUUGUGUCAUGAAUAUAAGUGCCAAUUGGAUCAGCUUUCAAUAAACAAAAUUCUCUGUAUAGUAAACCAAAGGUUUCAUUUCUUUUUAUGAUGUUUUUUUUUUUUUUCUGUGUACUCCUCUUGGCUGUGCCUCAUAAAUCCUUUGGUCACAACUGCUCAGUGAAUACAAUCUGUGCCUUUUUGCUGUACCAAUAAAUUCACUUGGUGUUUGCAGAG